GAUCAUUUUUUCCAAAUUUCUGAAAUCUUCAGAGAUUCCACCAAUCAGACAUGUCUCUCCUUCAUGUCCAUUCCAUUUGUGACUCUGAUCUGCCCUUUCAUCUGCACCAACUUGCCUUAUCAGAAUUUCCCAUGCAACAACAUCAGGGCAAUCUGGACAAAUAUUCCAGGAGAAACCAUGAUGCAUUUGCACUUCCAGUCUAGAGUGUUUCAUUUGGUGCUCGUGAUGUGGUCUUACAGAUUAGUUAGCUGCUUGCUUUAUACAGCAUUUCCAUUCGAUCUGCAGAGGUGACCCUGAGAUUCCAGUUGCCUGGAACUUACUUCUCCGUCCCACUCUGACCAAUUGGACUGGCCUCCUGCACUGUUCUAACCAGGCCUAACACAAACCUGAAAACCUGCACUUCAUUUUCCUCCUAGACAUGUCGCAGCCUUUGGUUUCAGCAAUUGCAGGUACCGCUAGAGCUCCAACUGUUCAGAAAACCUGAUGGUUUUGUAGCUGGCUGACCAGGUAAUGUUGUGCUCCCUCUCCCCAGCCUAACCUUCUCAGCUUACCUGAUUUACUGAAAAAUUUAUCAUACUGUGUAGCAUGGAAUUGAAGGAGACCAAGAAGUGCAUGAAAUAAUGCGAUAAAUCUGUCAGUCUGGCACUAACAAAACCCUGAGUGUGCUGGAUUAUCAGCAUUGUUCUGCAUUUUUCCUUUUCUGUUCAUUUCAGGUGUGAUAGAGAAAUGGUACGAGAUUAUGACUGAAUGCCUCCAAGUCAGAAUCCUGCCUAAACACAUUCAAAGGGACUGUCCCUUUUUUCAGAGUAAGGAGAUCCUUGCUUAAAUGCUUACUUUGGUGUACGUGGGGGGAGAGGGAGGAAGUUACUUGUGGCAGAUCUGCUCUGUCACAUCAGGACUGCCAGUUCUACUGUAAGGUAUCCAUCUAUAACAUCACCUUGUGUUUUCUUCACACUAUGGGCCAGGCAUUCCCAACCUGGGGCCCAUAGACUCCUUGUUUUACGGUAUUGAUCCAUGGCAUAAAAAGGAUUGGGAGUCCCUGAUAUGGACACUGCCUGAUGUGGUACUCAUUUCCAGCAUACUCUGGUUUAAGAUUCAACAAUAGCUUUGAUUUGCAACCGUUUGCAUCUUGCCAUUUCAGCAUAGCGUUUGUUUUUCUAAUAGUGCAAAGUCUAUUCUUUGUAUUUUUCCACCUGUCCCUGUACCUUAAUUCCUCCGUCAUAUUCCAUAUAUGGGUGCCAUAGUAGCACAGCAUUUGGUGCGAUGCUUUUGCAGCUUGGGGUUCAAUUCUGACACAGUCUGUAAGGAAUUUGUACAUUCUCCCCAUGAACACAUGGGUUUCCUCCCACAGGCCAAAGACGUACCAGUUAGUAGGUUAACUGGUCAUUGUAAAUUGUCCUGUGAUUAUGCUAGUUAAAUAGGUGGGUUGCUGGGCAGUGUGCCUCAUUAAGGUAGAAGGGUCUGUUCCAUAACUGUAUUUCUAAUAAAGACAAUUCUAGAUAUUUUACUAAAGUAGUAGUUUAAAUGUAUAUUAAAUUUAUCAUUAUGUAUUUAAUAUCUCAAAAAUUGGAUAUCUAUCCCACAAAACAAUUACUGGACCUCCACCAUCUUUCUGGAGUGAGUGCUAACAGCUGGACUGGUCUGGACAGAGACUGGACAGUUAUACUCUGUAUUUCACUAUAAACCUUGUGUAUUCAGUGUACAAUAAUUUUAAUACUUUUACGUGAAACCACACGCACUGAAUUAAACUGGAACUUUCAAUAGGUAAAGAGAGUCGGGUGCAGUAACUUAAGCAGCACCUAAAACUGUUGUUGGGCUGAAAUUCGUUACAAAUCAAUUUGCAUUGUUACUACCGUAGAACAGGCCCCAAUAGGAAUAUUUCCAAUUAUUACCCAGAUCGCGCAUUGCCCCUCUCCUCCCCCGUCUUGUUGUAAUAACUAACAGAACAACCAGUAUUUGACAUUGAGAAUUACCAUUUUAUACUGCCUUUUGCUAAAAUGUAUCCAGUGCACCUUCCAAGGCAGAAAAAGGCCGUCUUAUGCCAAGGCCUCGGGCAUGAAUUAGUUCAGGUUUAAUAUCACCGUGAAAUUUGUCUUUGCGGAAGCAGUACAAUUUAAUACAUAAAAGGAAAAAAAGUGAACUGCAGUAAAUAUAUAAAAUAAUUAAAUUAAAUAGGCAGUGCAAAUAUAACCAAAUCAUACCUUUUAAAUGCUCGUUUUUUUUUCUCAAAAUGUUUGCACCCUCAGAUGAGUAUAACAGAGCCAACACAACAUUUGUGCUCACAUUAUGCAAUCUGUUUCGGGUCGGUGAGCAAUGCACCGGCCGACUGAAACAAAAUACGCAACCCAAACUUACGCCAAGACGAGUAAAAAAGUCGGUCCUUCAACACACACACACACACACAAAAUGCCGGUGGACCUCAUCGGGUCAGGCAGCAACUAGGGAAAGGAAUUCUUCAGUUGGCACUUCACUCCCAGAGGCUGCGCCCAUUAUUUCGCCACGGGUACGUCAUCAUUGGGUCCGCCGUUUCCAGGGUGACAGUUUCCGUAGGGACCCGUUAAGCCGUCGCACUGAUUCCUUCCCUGCCGAAUUCUGACCCCGGCUAUUGUUCGGCCGCCCCUCCGAGCUGUUGGUGGAGGAACUCGGCGGAAAAUAAGCACGUCCAGACCGAGAAAGUGUCGUUAGAUCCAUCGGCCGGCCCGCACCCGCCAUGCGGCUGGCGUGGUGGGGUUCCGCCGCCGGCACGGACUGGAUGGUACUGCGGUCGGUGUGUCCCGAGUAGACGUUACAUCGGAAGGAAAUAAAGAAUUUCUUGAAACACCAAGAACAUGGAUGAAAAAAGAGCUGUUUCUGUGGACUUUGUGAAGGAUUUCCAGGAAUAUCUCACUCAACAAACCCAUCACGUGAACAUGAUAUCUGGCUCAGUUGGUGCAGAGAAGGAGUCAGAAUCUUUACAGACUGCGGGUUCGGAAAGUGAUCAGAAUGGAAUACAUAAUGCUUCAGUUGAAGUUUCACUGGAUGAUGGCUCAGGGCUCAUCAAUGAUGGGUUGGAAAGGACGUACGAUGGAAAAUUGAAGUGCCGCUACUGCAACUAUGCUAGCAAAGGGACUGCACGACUGACUGAGCACAUGAGAAUGCAUACAGGUGAGAAGCCCCACAGAUGCCACCUUUGCCCGUUUGCUUCAGCGUAUGAGCGUCACCUCGAAGCACACAUGCGCUCACAUACAGGUGAAAAACCAUACAAAUGUGAGCUAUGCUCUUUCUGCUGCAGUGAUCGAAGUAAUUUGUCCCAUCACCGUAGACGUAGGCACAAACUUCUUCCCUUGAAAACUGCUAGGAACUGCCUGGCCAAUAAGAAAAUGUUGGGAGCUUUACAGAGAAAAUCUAGCAACUCUGUGAAUUAUGGGCCAAGACUUCUGAUUAAUCUAAGUCCUCCUUCCAUGGUGGUACAGAAGCCAGAUUACCUCAAUGACUUCUGUCAUGAUGUAUCAGCUAAUUCCUGUGAGAAUUUGCAAAAACUACAUUCUGGUGGGAUCUCGAGGGACACUCAAGAUAUUAUGCUGGAUAAUCCAUUAAAUCAGCUUUCUACCUUAGCAGGCCAAUUAUCCAGCCUUCCACCUGAAAAUCAAGCUCCAACAUCUCCUGAAGAUGUAGCCUGCAGGGAUGAAAAACCGUAUGUGAUCUCACAGUCUACAGCUCCAGUUGUUUCGACGGUAGCUUCCAGUGUGGCCCAAAGCUCGUCCCCUAUCAGUCCAGAUGCAUGUCCCACGCACAAUCAGCAGAACUUCAGUCCUGUGGCAGGUCCCAGUAGUGAGCACAGUGUUCACACAAGUACACCCAGCAUGACAAACAGCCAGCCUAGCACCCCUACUCCGCCAAAUCAAGGUCAAGAUCCCCAGCUUCUUCAUCAUUGUCAACAUUGUGACAUGUAUUUUGCAGACAAUAUCCUUUAUACUAUUCAUAUGGGGUGUCAUGGCUAUAAGAAUCCAUUUCAGUGUAAUAUAUGUGGAUGCAAAUGUAAAAACAAAUAUGAUUUUGCGUGUCAUUUUGCUCGAGGUCAACACAAGCAGAAUUAACACUUGAUUAAGUCCUGUUAUUCAAAGUAAGUACAUAUUGGAUGAAUGUUGGUUUGUAUUGAAAAUAUUAAAUGUAUUAAGAGCCUUAUUUCUUUUCCCUCUUGUGUACCUUCUUAAAAUAUAAUUUCUUCAGUCUUCAGAAGAGGGCGUGAAUAAGGUUCAUGCUACUUUAGUGUACAUUGGUACAGCGGCAUUUGAUGCUAUUUCCUAGAAAUAGGAAGGUGUAAAUUUCAGCUGUACCAUCAUUCUUACCUCUAAAAACAUUGCAGUGAUCUUAUCAUGGGCAAUGUGUUGUACAAACAAGUCAUGUUCUUACAGAGAACUGGUUUUGUUUUGUAUUCUACUGAGACUGGGGAGAGAAAAUAUUGCGAGUAUAGAAGUAACUGUUUCCCCUCCAUUUUUUUCAGUCCCAGCGUGUAUUCUCCAUCUGUGUUCUACUGUAGGUUGAAAUAGCAAUGAGUUAACUGUGUAUAUUAUUUUAAAUGCUGUUUGCUCUUCGCAUUAAAAAUUCUGAAGUUCAAAUAAGAUGCCUUUUAAAGAUCUGUUGUUUUGAAGUAGAUAGCAAUAGUUGUAGCUGAAACAAGUGAUAUCCUUCAAAUGCACCAUCAUUUUUUAACAAUGAAACUUGUGUUAACAGUUUAUUAUUCAAUAGUUGCAGUAUUUUAUUGCAAAAUGUGGUGUAAAUAGUCGAACUAAGCAUUUGCACCUUUAAAUCUUACCAUUUCUUUAUGCUAAUUGAGAUCUGGAGAAACAUUUCAACACCAAUACAAAGUCCAAGGUUGUGUUUCUAAUAAUUCUGUAAAGAUGCAAGUAAGUAAAUGUUUCUUUUCUAAAUUGCUAUGUCUGCCAGUAUUAAUAAACCCUGCCUACUGUAUGUCUUCAUGUUUUGUAGGGCAGUAGUAUUCAGUGGAAGACUGAUUUGCAGCAAAAACAUUAAAGUUUUAUAUAUUUAAUAUAAUGCUGGCACGUGAUUCAAGAUAAUGUUCAGAUCAAUGGCUAUAGUUAAAUCAAUAUAAACCCAAUAUAUGCAAUACUUGUGGAAUGGGCAUGUUGAUAGUUUCUAGUAAUAAGUUUAUUAGAGAUUUAUGACCUAAAGCUUUUUAAUUAGUUUUUACAGUUUCUUGCUGUGUACACUUUUUAUAACAUUCAGUCUGUGAAGUUAAUUUGUUAGAUAUCAUCAGUAUAUAGGCAAAAUGCCCAUUCAGAACAAUUGCAUGGCAGCUCAAUCUGCAAACAUUCUGCAAGCUUAAAUGAUUAGGCUGUACAUAGAACCAAUACUUUCUUGUCCUUUUGGGCAUUUCUUGUACACCAGCAUUGGUUCAUCUCUAAAGCAUUGCAGCAUAAUGUUGGUGCUUAUUUCUCUUUUUCAGUAGUCUCUAUGCAUUUUUUAAACUUGGUACUAAAAAUCAUGUUUUAAACUGUUAAAAUUUUUCCUUGUCUACCAUUCCUUCCAUAUAUCUCUCACACCAUUGGGAAUUAUGGUUUCCUUUCUGUUCUUCAACAGCUUCUCUCAUUAUUUAAACCAAACAUCAGGAAUUUCUGUCUCCAUUGCACAAUUUGGUAAUUACAUAAGUUAGUAAACUCUAUUGCAAAAAGUGGUUUAAAAAGUAAAUAAUUUAAAGAAGCGAUUAGAUUACUUAUUACUCUGCUUCAAGGAUAAUAGCUAUUUCAAAUGUGUAUGAUUUUUAUAUAUAACAUACAGUAUUCUUUACUAUUAGAUUUAAAGUACUAUGAAUUAUUAUGUGGAAUACUCAAAGCACUUUUUGUAUUUUGCAAGAGCUGACAGUAGAUGAACAGAUCACCUACUGUUGGUUGAUUCUUACUCUAGUGACUGAGAGCAUUGUAAAUGCAUUUUUUUAAAAUGACUCUACGAAUCAUCAGCUGGGUUAAGGUCAGCUCCUGGAGUGAAAUAAACACAGAAAACUUUGUCCUUCAUAUUUGCACUUCUGAAGUCUGUGGCUGCUUGUCUUCUGGUUUUGCUAGGGAAUCUACUUUCAUAUCUAGCAGAAAUUCUUGAUGCAGUUAACCAGCAACUUUUACAAAAAGCAAUGUGUUUUCAAGCUCCACUGCAGCUUGUUAGGAAAGGUAGACUCUAUCAUCGCUCAGCUAGUGAACAUCAGCAACAAAAUAAACUUUCAUUUGCAGGCUGUAUUUCACUAUAUUGGUAACUGUGCACUGUUGAUAUUAAGUUUUAGAUAGUCCUUUAACUUGCUCCAUUGAGGAGGCAUGCCACCAAAGGGAACUAACGUUACAUACCUUUUGUGCCUUCAGAUGAUCUCACCUAAUAAGUUUUAAUAGAGUUGGUUAAUAUUUAGCACAAAAUGGUAACAGCUGUAAAACAUUACUUGUCCUCUGCUUUUGCAGUUACCAUAUACAAAUCUGAAAUAAGGUUGUCUAUUUACCUGUGUUUUUUUAAAAAUUGGUCCUACAAUGGAAUUAACAAAUGAAUGAUUGGUAAUAAUACUGAUUGAUAAAUAAUGGGCUUCACUUACACAUUUCUCAAAUUCAAUUACUUCUGUUGCACAUUGACUAGUAUGAAAUUUCAACAAACAAACUUUAGUUUUAAGUUUUAAAGAAAUGAAUAACCAGAGGUGCCUAAUGAAUACAUUGUAAAUAUAAGGAUGUCAUAGUCACUUAUAGGCUUCCAAUAUACACAUUGUUAAAUCAGCCAAACUCCAUUUUUUAAAUAUAUCCACACAAUUGCUUUAAAUACACAAUGGCUGAACAUAUUUGCAUAACGUGAGAUUUUGAUGAUGGAAUAUUGGAUUAAUUGAAGCAGUGUCACUGACAACAUAUUAAUUGAAAGUAUGUCACAUCUAGGCUCAGUUUAGAAUCAUAUCCCUGUAUCAGAUAUUUAGUGCACUGGAUAUUUAGUGCAAAAUUUAGGCUUUGUAUUUGUGUUCUGAGAGUGUUUUAGUGUUGGAGAUGAUUUCCUGUGACAUGUCUACUUUGUAGAAAUUAUAUUCAGUAAUGUUAUUGAAGAACAGUAAGUUCUCUAGUUGGCAUUCUUCAGUCAAUGCCAAUGAAAGGUGAUUUUACUGGUCCUUCAUUGAUAUUUCUGAGAUGUUUCUUAUGUGGAAUAUAUUUUGCUGCUUUCUCGGGCUACUAUUGCAUGAGGCAGCAUACAAGGCAAAUAUUAAAUAAUUCUGCCUGCCCAAUGCAGUCCUUUAGUCCUUCAGCACUGUCCCAAUAGUUACUUGUGUUUGUUGUUAACUUUAAUAUUGGACAGAGUACAUAGAGAGAAAUUGUUCUCAUUGGUGACAAAUUCAAAAAUCAGACCAUAUACAGUACUGUGCAAAAGUCUUAGGCGUAUAUACACACACCUUAGCUAUAUAUAUGUGCCUAAGACUUUUGCACAGUAGAAUGAAGGUAAUUGGCUAAAGAACCAAAUAUAACAGGAUAAUCCUCUGCACUGAGUGGUUAGGAUCUGGAAUGUACUGGUAGAAGCAGAGACAAAUACAUUUAUGAUAUUCAAGAUGCAGUAAACAGUUACUUGAAAGAAAACACUUGCAGGGUUUUGGGUAGAGGGCUAGAGUCAGUACUUCUGAAUGGAGCUGGGUUGGUCUCAAAUGGCUGAAUAGUUUCAAUCUUUAAUUUUGUUUUAAAAUGAUACCUUAACAGUUAUCACAGUAAUUAGAGGUUUGAGAGGAGUUAGACCUAUCGUAAUGCCACUAAAUUAUGUUAUUUGAAAUUGCCAAAAUAACAGGUUGCUUUCUAUAAUACCUCUUUGAUAAAACAAAAUGUUGAAUGGACUUUUAUAAGAGCACCAUAAACUAUCAUUUGACACCAAUAAUUGAUGUAGGGAAGAGAUGAGUUUUAAGAACUCACAGAGAGGAGAGGAGAAACUGAGAGGUUCAGAGAAAGAAUCCGGCACCUGGGACCUUGAUGGAUGAAGGAAUGGCUGGCAAUGAAAGAUAUUCAAGGUGUACAAAAGUUUAAAGGUUGAGGAAUACUAUCACUUGGGAUUUUUUGGGAACAAUGGGAGUUUUAAAAUAUAAGCAAAAAUAAUGGCAUGGAUAGACAUGAACCGAAAUGGAUGAGACUUUUGAUUUGAUGCUUUGCAUUGUUAAGAUUAGAUUACCUACAUAUCAGUGAACAGGGGUUGUUGAGUGAAGCAGAUUUUUGUACUAAUUAAGAUACAAGCAACAGGGCAGUUACAUCGACUAAAUAGAAUUUUACCAAUAAUGUAAAUCGAGAAAGGCCAUGGGAUCAAAAGUAAAACCUUCCUAGGUGGCAUGUCACAACUAACUGAUAAUAGUAGCAGGCUGAGUUAGACAGUUACAUUAUAGUAAAAAUCCACAAAUUUUUAGUCCACGUAAAAACAAAAAGAUGCAUCAAUAAAUCCUAGUCAUCUUUUCAGACUGGAACAGAUGAAAAUUAGGCUGAAUUAUAUAUUACUGGUAUCCAAAAUGGUUACAGAGCUUCUGGUAUCUCAAGUAAAAAUGCAUGUCACUUAUUCCGUUAUGAAAUAUUGUAGAUUUCAAUAAGAAAAUAGUAUGUCAAUAAGAACACUCCACUUUUUUUCAGUUCAACAAUGUAAAGAGGGCAGUAUUGUUAGAUUUUGUAUAAUGGCUGUUGAUUUUAGUUCUCAACUGUGUGUAAAAUGGUGAAGAGUUCAACAAGAGCUUCAUAUUAGUAAUUUCUCCCGGAUUUUUCACUCUCAAAUCCAAGUCCAGUAUUCCAUCAUUAAUUGAUUAUUUGUAACUAUAUAAAUGUCGAUUAAUGUGCCGGUAGACAUCACUGAGCACUUUAAGUAGAACUUGAGGACUUUGAAUAAAGAGACAGUUAUAAUUUUUGGCUUGAUUAUUCCAAGCUUUUUUGAAUCCUGAUGCUUUGUCAUGUUCUUUUAUAUUCCAGAUUUUAUUUGGUUCAAUUUAUAUACAAUCUCAUGAAAGUUUUGUUAUAUUUGAUAAUUAAUGUAAAAUGUGAGUGUCAUUUGCUUGAAUCGUGUUGUCUUUUCAGCAAUGCUAUUAAUACACACAUUAACAAGUGCAUAUAAGUUUAACAAUUUAAGUACUGUAAAAAUGUAAAUAUACUAUUGUGAUUGAAUAGUUAUUUAAGAAGCUAUUGCUCCCAUUGGUACCUGUGCUUGAUAGAAAACAGACAAGUGUUUAAACUAGCUUAAAGGUUUCUAUUUUAAUAAAAAUAUAUCCUAUAAAAGUCAUUCCUUUAACACUUCUUGUGAGAUUAUCUAAUUCUAUGUGCAAACAAGUUGUUGCAAUAGAAUGCACUAUUUGGUGGCAUUGGCUGUUCAAAUAUUGUUCAUGUUUUAGAAUUGAAUCGUGUUUUAAAAAAAUAAAAGACUUAACCAAUUCAAUUUUCUUUUUGAGAUUCGUUUUGUAUAAGACAUUUUGUUGCU